CUCCUUCUUCUUCCUCAAACCCAAAUCUUCUCUCUCCCCUCUCCCCUUCAAUGGAGAACCGCUUCAAAUUGAAGCUCUCCCGCUUUUUCCGGUCAUGCAAGGCCAAAAACCUCAGCACUGAUGUCGUCAAUCUCCACGACACAACUAAAACUGUUUUCCACGAUGAUGAUAAUCCUCCCAUGAAUCCUCACCACAAGCGUGAUUAUCAACUCUUUGAGCUUUUCUCCCCCAAACCUCGUACCUUCCCCUCCAUUUGCCGGCCCAGAUUUCCUCAAUCUUUCGAUGAUGCCGCCGCCGCCGUAUCCCCAACUCUACCACCGUACGCGGAUUUUUAUUACUGCGGUAGGCCCAGGCGACCGAGAAAGCGCAGAAAGAACAAGAAGAAGAAAACGCCGGCGCCGGCGACCACGGCGGCGCGUAGUCAUAUCCGGCGGCUGGAUUACGACGACUUUCCGGCGUUCGAGUACAAAGGCUUGUUCAGCAGCGACGACGAGGAGGAGGAAGAGAAUAGCACGCUGUUCUCGUCCAGAUCGCUCUCGGUUUCCUCCUCCGACUCCGCCGCCUCUCUGCGGCGGCGGCGGAAGGAUGAGGCGGCGGCCGUGAAGGACAGCUUUGCGGUGGUGAAGCGGUCGAGUGACCCCUACGGAGACUUCAGAGCGUCGAUGCUGGAAAUGAUACUGGAAAAGCAGAUGUUUGGGGCUAAAGAUCUGGAGAAGCUUUUGGAGUGUUUUCUUUCCUUAAACUCGGAUCAUCACCACGGGGUUAUAAUUCAUGUUUUUACUGAGAUUUGUGAAGCUUUGUUCUCCACCUGCAAGGCUUGAAACAAUUAAGGAGACAAUGUAAGGCGGUUUAAGGAUAUUUUUAGUCCUACUUAUUUCGUGUAUGUCUUGUAAUUGAUGAAUUGAAGUCCAAUUUCAAUUCGUUAGACUCAUAAUGAAUGUACUAAUAGUUUCAUCAAA